UGGAGGCGGCGAGGAGGAUGUCUGGCGUGGCCGUGCUGUGCGUCUCGGCGUGGUUCAUCUCUCUCUUUAGCCUCUCGGCCCAGGCGCCUGGGAACUCGAGCAACAACAACAAACCGUCGCCCUUCCUGUCCAUGGACAACGUUAUCCGCGACACGGGCUACGACAGCCGCAUGCGGCCCAACGUGGACGGGCCUCCCGUUGUCGUAAACUGCAGCAUUCUGGUGAAGGGCUUUGGACCCGUCGAAGAGGCGACCAUGGAUUACAGCAUCAACAUUUUCCUGCGUCAGACCUGGAACGACCCGCGCAUCCUGAGCGUCUUGAAGAGCAUAGAAUACAACACUGACUUCUUGGAUCUUGGGAACAGUUUUGUUGACUCCGUGUGGAAACCUGACCUCUUCUUUGAAAACGAGAAGAGUGCAGCCUUCCACACCGUCACCACGGACAACAAGAUGCUGAGAGUGUUCAGAAAUGGGGACGUGUUCUACUCCGUGAGACUGUCUCUCGUACUUGCGUGCCCCAUGAGUCUGGAGGUUUAUCCCAUGGAUGCACAAUAUUGCAGCAUCUAUCUUGAGAGUUAUGGAUAUACGACGAAUGACCUGAUAUUCCAGUGGAAUGACACGGAGCCCGUGAGUUUCGGAGCUGGCGUUUCAACCCCGAAAUUCACACUCUCCAACGAAACGUUCCUCGGUGAAUGCACGAAGGAGUACACGUACGGUACAUUCUCAUGCGUCAAGGCCACGUUUUUCCUGGACCGUGACAUGGGCUACUACCUCAUCCAGGUCUACAUACCCAGCUGCCUCCUGGUCAUUAUCUCCUGGCUCUCGUUCUGGCUCAACGUGGAAGCCGCGCCGGCUCGCGUGGGCCUGGGGAUCACCACCAUCCUCACCGUCACCACGCAGAUGACCUCAGCGAAUGCCGCCCUGCCAAAGGUGUCCUACAUCAAAGCCAUCGACGUGUGGAUGGGCGCAUGCCAGGUGUUCGUAUUUUCUGCCCUGCUGGAGUUUGCCGCUGUGAACAUGGCCACCAGACGACACGGAAUCAGCCCCAGCCAUCACGACGGCGACCAUUGCACCAAGGGAGAGGUGAGCGAUGAAGAAUGGCGCUACCAGUCUUUGCUGCAUGCUCGUCGGAUCGACUAUAUUUCUCGCGUCAUCUUCCCAACCGUCUUCAUGGUUUUCAACAUCUUCUACUGGGUCAUCUACCUGAAGCUCUCCUUCCACUAGAACCGCGCUGGGCAGCGCGGUGAGAGCAACACGAGAGGUGUCUCCGAUCCAAACACGAGGUCCGGUGCCGCUCGUGCUCAGCGCGUGCAGCUGCACAGCAACACCCCCCCUCCCCCCCCUCCCCCCCACACACAAAUUUAGGGCCCCACACGACGUUCAACAUAUGUCUCCGUGUGCGUGUGUGAGUGCAUCUCGUCUGUUUCUUUUCAUCGUUAUUCAUCCAUUUGCGUAGAGCCCCGAAUAUGGUCCCUCUAACCUCCAUUCGUGACAAUUGGUCGCCACAUUAUGGUGUCCUCAACCAGACAGUAGUAUGCAAACUAUCAAGGGGUGAUCAUGGUCAAAGUCGUCGAUGCCACCACAACCUUGCUUUCGCUCUCUACACAGUAGACACGCGACCUCCAAAUAUCUGCCCUGACAGUCUCCCACCCUGUGGCCUCAGGUCUUCUCUUCACCUUGUUUGCUGGACUCUUGAAGACCAUUCCAAUGUCUGUGUUGCUAAUUGGCCCUCCACCAUCCUGGACACACGUCCUAUCCAGCAGAACCGUUUUCGCCUGAUCCUGUCUACAGCACUCACCUGCCGCGUUCUCUUCACGACUUCUGCGUUGCUUAUCCUGUUUUUUCCCCGCAAAAUGCAUAGCAUCCAUCACAGACACCGUUCCCAACAACUUAUUAUCACAGCAGCUUAGUUAUCUUUGUUCCUGAUCCACACAGGAACACAGAUAGACCCUGCCUCAAACACCCUCUUUACACUCGUUUGAUAUGAAAAACAUGGACUUGGCGAGUGCACUCUGCGGUCACGCGGACACACGGCCACUGUCGCAUCAUUAUUCAUGCACUCGCAUUAAAAUCCUCAGUCACGUGUUACCCGUAGUGCUGAGAGUUAUGACUACCGACUGCUCAGACGAUUGAUCCGAAGAGCAAUGUUUCUAUCUCGGAGCAGAACCCAGUGAUGCCAAUUUCUGCGAGGCCCUUUGAAUUUUUGAUAUUAAUGCACACAGCAGAAAGCAAUUGAUAGGCCCGUGUUAAUGCCUCCCCUAUGUCCAUUCCGGCGGCUCAGAGGUCAGAGUGCCGAGGUCCUGGGUUCUAACUCGGGCAGCCACCUUUGAUGAAACCUGGUUCAAGUCCAGUUUGAAAUGACCAUCACGUUAACUGUGGUUUUAUGCUGCGUUUGCCUUAAGUUCCAGCUCUGAGAAUCGAAAACAUAGGUUCGACUGUCAUGCGAUGAAUGUUGCUCUCACAUGUAGAGCAUAUGGGAAAGUACUGCCUCCUAAUGUCUGGGCCGUAGAUCAUUCGAAGGGAUCUCAGAGGUAACUCUGUGAUAUCCUAUUCCGUGGGCCAUUCUCAUGAAUAUUCUGAAAAACUGGGAACAGGACACGUGCACGUAAACGGUAACCACAGAUACAUUCACCUUGUACGAUUUGCCCAUGAUACUGGGGAGUUGAGAUCAUCCCCAGGUUAGUUUUACGUGAUUAUUCUUGGCUGCCUCUAGAUGGUUAUAUAUAUAUAUGCGUGUUUGUGACCACGCGUGUACAUGCAAGGUAUCCACCAACAAACAUCACGCUUCCCCAGAAGCUGCCAAAGUGGGGUAAUGCUCAGCGCACGAAGAUUGCCGGUUCGAUUCCAUUUCCUGACGCGGCAGUCGAAACAACGCAAAAAUAUCCUCAUCUCGCCCCGCUGGUGCCUCUGUCCACCCAGCAGGAUCAACGGGAACGCGCCAGUUACGACUCAGGGGUGGGGAACCUUUUUUCUCCCAAGGGCCAUUUGGAUAUUAAUAAUCAUUCGCGGGCAAUACAACAUUAUCAACUUAAAAAUGAGCCUGUUAUAUUUGGUCAAACAUUUAAUUAACUCACCCCUAAUGUUAUGGCUGGAACUGCUUCUCUUUGGUUAGGCGUGUGAUGUUAGCUGAUAUUGAUGAUGUUGCUACUGGCAACUGCUUUUCCAGGUUUUCUCCUAGAUUUAUUGAAUUUCGAGUCCCGCCUGCGGUUGCCUUGGCAGGGCCCGACCAAAUGAUUUCGGGGGCCUUAUACGACCCGCGGGCCGGACGUUCCCCACCCCUGAGUUACGUCAAUCGGCAGGUCACGUGGGGUGGGGUGAAGUGGGGGUACGUCGACCUCUUCCAACACGCCUGGUCGAUGUGGAAGGGUGGACCAAAUGCCCUGUUUAGUUCACGCUUGCGGACGCCUUUCUGCCAGCGAUUCUCUCCAUCAGACAACCGCUGCUAAAUUCUCCACAAACUGUUAGUAAUUUGAUCGACCCCGGAGAGAUGAUGGGCUGCGUCAACCUCCAAAACAGAAAUUGUGUGAUUACCCGCAUUGUACAAGGGCAGCGCAUUAAGACAGCCUGGGCCUUUUAAAUAUCUAAAUAUAAUCUGAAUGUAAUUGACCGAUUUUGAUUGCUGGAUAUACAGCUUUCCAUUGCAUUUGUUAGGUAGCAACAAUAAUCAUAAUCAGGACUAAAGAAAACACACUGUCAACACCAAACGUGUUUGGUUUUGUCAGGACAAAACGUUAAAAUAACAGAAGCAAGUGUCACUUGACAAAGUCACUAAAAUAAUUGUGGAGCAACGUUUUUGCCAAAGCAGCAAAUUAAUUCGAGGCGAGAUACGUGCAGGUACAGGAUGUGGGGGGACAGCUGUUUGACUGAGUGCAGCAGUUCAGUCAGCCCGAAGGAUUCAUCUCUUGACUCAUUCUAUUUAACCAAACAGACCAUUCUGUGUCUAUCAUCUGGUCGGGUGGCCUAGCGCGAGCAGCUCUUAUUGGAAGGUUGUAGGUUCAAAUCUUGGCUGAGGAGGUUGAAUCAACACAUCAACCCCUCUGGGGUUGAUUAAAAUGAGUACCACUUUGUGGGGAGAUCAGCUCGUGGUUGUCUUACAUGGAUAGCCUUGUGCGCCACCGGGAAUGCGGAAUUCCCACUACCGGCUGUCAACACGAGAUGAGCACCGAGUCAAAUGCUCGGUUUGAGCUGGGAGUCAACAUUUGACUUGAAAAUAAAUCCAGUCACUUUUUACUUCCACGUUUUCGAAUACUGUGAUGAGGGUCAAACGAUGUUAUGCACAGCUCCACUCUCAACAGUGUACACUCUUUUACACACUAAUAUAACGUGCUUUGACAAAUAUGCAAAUUAAGUGUGUUCAUAUAAAUCUACAUCUUUCUGAGAAAUCUAUGUAGGUUGCAUUUAUGGAAUUUACAUAUUAGGAUAAACAAUCAUGUUUAUGCUAAAAUGUUGGGAAUUGUAUACUGUAGCAUUUUAUGAAAUGAAAAUCCUUUCCAUGUCAGUGGUGUAACACGCGAGAAGAUGUAUCCGUGUAUAUGCUGUUU